CGCUUAUGAAUAAGUAAGCGCAUUUGUCAUAACCGGUUUCAGAAAUAUCUUGAGUCACUGUGACGUAUCCGUCAACAACCGUGUUUUAUUUGAUUCUUUAAAAAAUUAAAACGCACAACGAACGUGGGUUUAUUCUGUCUUCGUCUGUAUGAUGUUGUGAUGCUGUGAAUGUGAGCACGAAGUCAAGUUUUCAGCAGAGCGAGAAACUCAAGCUAAGCUUUACUUUGUUAGCUAUUGCGUUGAUUCUCUACAGUUUGGUCUGUAAACACACAUUUGUGUAAACUAAGCCUUAGCGAUGGCCGAUGGCAGCUCUUAUAACGUAAAAUUGUAUGUUUAUGACAUGUCAAAAGGAAUGGCCCGUCAGCUGAGUCCUAUGAUGCUCGGAAAGCAACUGGAGGGAAUAUGGCAUACCUCUAUUGUGGCUUAUGGGGAAGAGUUUUUCUUUGGAGGUGUGGGCAUUUCAAGUUGUCCUCCGGGAGGCACACUUCUAGGUAUGCCUGACUCUAUUGUGGAUCUUGGAAACACAGAAGUUCCCCGAGAGCUAUUUCUGGAGUAUCUGUCUUCUCUUAGUGACUCCUAUAGUCCUGACAAAUACCACAUUUUCGAACACAACUGUAACAAUUUCAGUUGUGAGGUGGCCCAGUUUAUAACUGGAGCGAAGAUUCCCUCAUACAUCACUGACCUCCCAUCUGAGGUGCUCUCUACACCUUUUGGCCAAGCACUCCGUCCUUUUCUAGACUCCAUUACCAUCACCCCACCUGGAAGCAAUAGCAUGAAUGGAUUUGGCCAGAGGUAGACCUCGUUGCAUUUUAAGAGUGUAUUACUAAAGCAGUCAUGAAACUUGUGUAUCAGCCCUACAAGGUAACUUACUUACUGCUUAAAACAGUGUAAUCAGAAAUGAUAUGUGCAGGGCUUUAAGAUAAAAGUUUUCCUUUAUUUAAUGUACUUUUCAGUGAUAUGCAAUGUAGACAUAUUAAUUCACGACACUGUUAGUCAUUUUACUGUUACAAUGUUAUUACUAAAGUUAACUUUCCUAUGGACCAAAUCACUUAUAAACAAUGAAACCUUACUAGUAAUAUCCAUGUGGGUGGAAACCAAACCUAAGCAUAAACUAUCAUAAACUAUUAAAUAGGUUUUUAUGCUCAUCUAUUAAAACAAACCACUUCUUAAAUUGAUUAAAUGUAGCACAUUCCCAUUAUCAGACUGCAGAUGUCUCUAUUCUACCUCAGCAUAAUCUGUUAUUUUACACUCUCGGGAACAGUAUGAUUAUAAUAAUCUGGUAAUAAUUUGUACACUUUAAAUGUAAAGUUUCCCCCCAUUGGUCAAAUGCUAAUCAAAGAACAGUGAAAAGGAUUAAUUUAAAGAUUUAUUUAUGUGUAAAAUAGAUGGUUUGUCAAUUGUUCCCUUCUUUACUGUUGUUACACAUUUUAAAACUAUCGUUUUAGGUGUCAUGGAUUAAUAGGCCACAUUUAUUAAGCCUCAGUCUUUACUCUUUACCUGGAUUACUUUAUCAGUUUGCUUUAUUUGUAAUUUUGCUUUGUUGAUAAUAUUUUUAGUGUAAUUACACAGACUUUACCGUCAGUCAAAGCUACCUUAUAUUUAUCCCUGACUGCCUUGAAUCUAACUCAGAGGGUUUAAGAUGACAUUUUGCAAUAAUGCACAAUACUAAUCUAGGAAAGUGUCAUGAAGAAUUUAUGUUUUAUAAAAUAUACAAGUACCACUCAGUGGGACUACAGUUGUUAAGUCUCUUGACUCAAUUUUACAUUUGUUAUUCUUGAGUAGUGGUGGUUUAUUGACACACUGUUAAUAGGAAUUGUUUUAACCAGAAUUAUGUAACUAAUGGUUUGAUGGGAAAUGGUGGCAUACUUGUAAUCAAGUUCAUUGGGCCAUUGUUAUCCCAAAUCUUAAGGACAAAUUGCAUUUAAAGUUACAUACAAAAAAAGAGACAGUUUUAUUGACUUUUAUUUACAAAGUUAACUUUAAUCACUUUUGCCAAUUUUUUAAACUCUUACCUGCAUCUCUUUCUGUGCUGUUGUUCUGUAAAUAUUAUAUUUCUUUAUUCUUUUCUGCCAAUCAUCUGGAUAUGUUUUGAAUAAUAUUGUCUCUCUGACUUAAAAAUAAAGAUAUUUUGACAGGA